AUGAAUACAACCCCAUGCAUGUAUGACACUAAGCAAGAUAACGAAAGAAAAAAGAACUUGAACAUCAAAUCAAAAAGAACUCACACUAUCGCUUUGACUACUCAGAAGGUUGCAUACAUGCUUUUGCUUCUUAUUUUUGCACAAAAUUCAUUUCAUGUAUUGCCUUGUCUUCUUCUUUGUGUUUCUUUUCUUAUGUUGCGAUUAGUGAACGAUUCUAUUUAUAGCAACCAGAAGGGCAUAACAGGGUCGCGAGAACAAAAAAAAACGAAUUUGGUUGAAUGUAUCGCUUUAGGGCGUGGUGCAAACUCUCCGGAUGGUCUUAAAUUUGCAAAUUUUGUGUCGUUUUAUUUUCUCGACGUGGACUAA